AUGAAGCUUCUUAGCUGGAACUGCAGGGGGCUGGGUCAUCCCCUGACAGUUCAAGCAGCUCGUAAUUUGAUCCGAAAACUUAAGCCCGAUAUUUGCUUCUUUAUGGAGACCAAACAUACGGUGCUGCAGGCUUCUCGGUUUGGGUCUUCCAUGGGUUUCAAACAUCAUUGUGGGGUGGAUUCUAAUGGUAGAGCUGGUGGCUUAUGGGUUGGUUGGCAUGAUGAUACUCUGCUGGAGGUGUGCGAAUUGAAUGCGAAUUUCAUUAUUUUACAGGUUCAUGAUUCUGUGAGGGGGAAUUGGGUUAUCAUUUUCAUGUAUGGUUCUCCCUGUAUUUUAGCUCGGGGUCAAGUAUGGAGUAGUCUAGAAUCCAGAUUUAAGAAAUUGCAAAAGCCAUUCAUUAUUAUGGGGGAUCUUAAUCAGGUUCGAGGUUGGGCCGAAAAACUCAGUACACACAAAGGAUCCAUUCCUGGAGCACCGGCUUUUAAUGAAUUAAUCUUUCGCAAUAGGUUGGUGGAUCUUCCUUCUCAAGGGGUGUGGUAUACUUGGUGUAAUAAUCGCAAGGAAAUUGAAGCGGUUUAUGAGCGAUUGGAUAGGGUGCUUGCUUCGUCUUGUUGGACAACCCUCUUCCCACAAUUUUCACUUGUAACAUUGCCUAUUCACCGGUCUGAUCAUAGCCCGCUAUUCCUUGACACUAACCGUAUUGAACCUUUUGGGCCGAAAUGGAGCAGAUUUGAGGCAGUUUGGUUAGCAGAUCCGUCUACUCAGGAUAUUAUCCAAAAAAUUUGGCACAGCCCCACUCCUGAUGUUGCUACUUGUGUUCAGAGGCAGACCAUUGUUUACCGACAUUUGAAAAAUUGGAAUGCUCUGUCAUUUCGGAGUCUCCAAGGCCAAAUUGAUGACAUUCUUGCUCGUCUCCGCCAGGUCCAAGAGGGGCUACCAAAUCUGGGCCUACUUUCUACUGAACAGGAGCUACGGUUACAUCUUGAUAUUUUGUUACAGAAACAGAAGCUUUACUGGGCUCAGCGAUCUAAACAACAUUGGCUGUCUUUGGGGGAUCGCAAUACAAAAUUCUUUCACCGGAUGGCGUCCUGGAGACGGAGUCGGAAUCGCAUUGCUAUCAUACAGGAUCACGAUGGUCAUGUUCUCACUCAGCCCCAGGAUAUCCAAGCGGCUUUUGUUGCGCAUUUCAAGUAA